AUGGGUAUAGGAAGUGGAAUAGUGACGUUUACUUUGACUCUAAUACACUUGCUAAUUUUCUUUCCUCGUCCUCUUUCUUCUUCCUCUUCUUCUUCUUCUUCAUCUUCAUUCCUACUCUUCUUUAUCCUCUCUUGCUUUCUUUUCUUCAUCUUCUUUAUAACCGAUUUUUUCCUCUCCUCCUCCCCCUCCUUCCUCCUCCUCCCCUCCUUCUCCUCCCCUCCUUCUCCUCAUCCUCCCCUUUUACCACAUUUAUACUGUUCUUUAUCGUCUCUUCUUUCUUUCCUUUACCUUCCUCAUAGCCAAUUUCCUUUCCUCGUCCUCUUUCUUUUUCUUCUUUUUCUUCAUUUCUUCUUCUUCCUUUCUACUCUUCCCUAUCCUCUCUUUCUUUUUUUUUUCUUCACUUUUUUCAUAACCAAUUUUCUUUCUUAUUCCUUCUUCACUGUUUUCAUUUCAAUUUCUUGUCACAAUUUCCUUUUUUUUCUCUGUCUUUUCUUCUCUUUUUCCUUCUUCUUCCAUUUUUCUUCAUGUUACUCUUCCUUAUCCUGCAUUUCUUCCUCUCUCUUCUUGCUUACCAUUCUCUUUCUUCUUCCAUUCACUUCUUUUUCCGACCAGGUCUUUUUCUUUUCUUUUCUUUACAUCUUCUUCUUUUCGCUCCUUUUUUUUGCAUUUAAAUAUCUUUCAACUAUCCAUUCAUUGACGCACAUCAAUCAUUUCCUUCGCUAUAGCAGAUUGUUCAUAUCUAUCUAUCUACCUAUCUAUCUAUAUAUCUAUCUAUCUAUCUAUCUCACCUGUUCAUAUCUAUCUAUCUAUCUAUCUAUCUAUCUAUCUAUCUAUCUAUCUAUCUAUCUAUCUCAGUCUGUUCAUCUCCUCAUCAUUUCUUCUAUUACUCCUAUCUGA